AGGCAAGCCAGUGAUGACCUGACCAGGAUCUCCAUAGGGACAGUCGAUGAGUGCAGUAACACCACAGACCUGGACGCUCUCAUCAUCGUCCACACCUCAGCUGACCAUUUCAAAAGACGGGACAGGUUUAGAAGGACCUACGCCAAUUACAACAACACGAAGCCGUUCAGGUUGAAGGUGAGCUGUGAACAAAUCAUAGGAGAUAGCAAAAUGUUUUACUCCUUUCAGGAUAAAGCCCUUCCACAAUAAAUAAAGGCUGUCGCAGAAGUGAGAGGUUGGCAUUAAAAAACUAUUUAAAAUAUUAUUGUUUGGUUUGUAAGACAAAAGGAUGUAUCAAAUGAAAGAUAAUUGAAUGGACUCUAUGUUUGUAAACUUAUUUCUUCAGUUUAACUAAAAUAAACUACCACCAAUGACAUCCGAAUAGCUGGAUUCUGCUGGUACCCGGGUGCGAAUGGCGGUGCAACGUGUCUGGAUCCAUUUUGACUCAGUGCUAUUCGGAUGUCAUUUGUGGUAUUUUAUGAAUGACAUUGUUCCUCUCUCCUAGCUAGUGUAUAAAUGACUUUGUUACUCUCUCCUAGCUAGUGUAUGAAUGACUUUGUUCCUCUCUCCUAGCUAGUGUAUGAAUGACUUUGUUACUCUCUCCUAGCUAGUGUAUGAAUGACUUUGUUACUCUCUCCUAGCUAGUGUAUGAAUGACUUUGUUACUCUCUCCUAGCUAGUGUUUGUUGACUUUGUUACUCUCUCCUAGCUAGUGUAUGAAUGACUUUGUUACUCUCUCCUAGCUAGUGUAUGAAUGACAUUGUUACUCUCUCCUAGCUAGUGUAUAAAUGACUUUGUUACUCUCUCCUAGCUAGUGUAUGAAUGACUUUGUUCCUCUCUCCUAGCUAGUGUAUGAAUGACUUUGUUACUCUCUCCUAGCUAGUGUAUGAAUGACUUUGUUACUCUCUCCUAGCUAGUGUAUGAAUGACUUUGUUACUCUCGCCUAGCUAGUGUAUGAAUGACUUUGUUCCUCUCUCCUAGCUAGUUUAUGAAUGACUUUGUUACUCUCUCCUAGCUAGUGUAUGAACGAAUGUGUUACUCUCUCCUAGCUAGUGUACGAAUGACUUUGUUACUCUCUCAUAGCUAGUGUAUGAAUCACUUUGUUACUCUCGCCUAGCUAAUGUAUGAAUGACUUUGUCACUCUCUCCUAGCUAGUGUAUGAAUGACUUUGUUAUUCUCGCCUAACUAAUGUAUGAAUGACUUUGUUACUCUUUCCUAACUAGUGUAUGAAUGACUUUGAUCCUCUCUCCUAACUAUGAAUGACUUUGUUACCCUCUGACAGUUGGUGUUUCUGAUCGGUCAAGUGGAGAACGCUGACCUUGGUAUCAAGCUGGAGAAAGAGAACAUGGAGCACCGGGACACGGUGAUGGGAUCGUUCUUGGACACGUACCAGAAUCUGACGCUCAAGGUACACAUUCAUGAACACAUGGAUAGCAAUAAACCCAUGACAUACCAACAUGGAUAGCAAUGAACCCAUAACAUACACACAAGGAGAGCAAUAAACCCAUGACAUACACACAAGGGGAGCAAUGAACCCAUGACAUACACACAAGGAGAGCAAUAAACCCAUGACAUACACACAUGGAUAGCAAUGAACCCAUGACAUACUCACAUGGAUAGCAAUGAACCCAUGACAUACACACAUGGAGAGCAAUCAACCCAUGACAUACACACAUGUAUAGCAAUAAACCAUGACAUACACACAUGGAUAGCAAUGAACACAUAACAUACACACAUGGAUAGCAAUGAACCCAUGGUAAACACACAUGGAGAGCAAUAAACCCAUGACAUACACACAAGGAGAGCAAUGAACCCAUGACAUACACACAUGGAUAGCAAUGAACCCAUAACAUACACACAUUGAUAGCAAUGAACCCAUGAUAUACACACAUGGAUAGCAUUGAACCCAUAACAUACACACAUGGAUAGCAAUGAACCCAUGACAUAUACACAUGGAGAGCAAUGAACCCAUGCCAUACACACAUGGAUGGCAAUGAACCCAUGACAUACACACAUGGAUAGCAAUGAACCCAUAACAUACACACAUGGAUAGCAAUGAACCCAUGAUAUACACACAUGGAUAGCAUUGAACCCAUAACAUACACACAUGGAUAGCAAUGAACCCAUGACAUAUACACAUGGAGAGCAAUGAAUCCAUGACAUACACACAUGGAUCGCAAUGAACCCAUGACAUACACACAAUGAGAGCAAUAAACCCACAACAUACACACAAGGAGAGCAAUAAACCCAUGACAUACACACAUGGAUAGCGAUGAAACCAUAACAUACACACAAGGAGAGCAAUAAACCCAUGACAUACACACAUGGUUAGCUCCAAUAUAAAUCAGGACACAUAUUUGAUAAUGGGUUAAAUGCAAAUUAAAUAUAUUUUUCUUAUAUAUAAAAAAUGUAUUGUUUUAUAUAAUACAAGUGUUACCAUAUUGAAACGAACAGAAAUACAAUUGUUGUGUAUAGUUUAAAACUUCUGUUUUACCAACAUCGUCCUUAUUAUGUUGUUGUUUUUUUUUUUUAAUAGAAUUAACAAAAACUUGACAAAUUCUCUUCAAGAGUAUUCCCAUCUUAUCACAGAGCAAUUUUAACUUCUAAUUUUAGGCUGUCAUGGGCUUCCGGUGGGUCAGCAGCACGUGCUCGGACAUCAAACUCCUCAUCAAGAUGGACGACGACGUCUUCUUCGACGUGCGCAAGUUUUUCACGCGCUACUGGAACCGGAUAGGCGGCAGUUUGAAAUCUAAGGCCAUCCACUGCCAGUUCUGGGAACACGCCAAGGUCGGCCGGACCGGCAAGUGGAAGGUGGAGAGGGGCCUGUUCUCCAACUCCAGCUACCCGUUCCCGUACUGCGCGGGCUUUUUUGUCAUCGUGACCCCCGACCUGGUGCGCUCCAUGUACGAGGUGGGCAAGAGCAUCGAGUUUUUCUGGAUCGACGACGUGUUCCUGUACGGGAUGGUGCCGGCCACCAUCAAAAACGUGCAUUUUGCUCAGGUCGGGAGGUGGAAGAAAAUGGUGACGGAGUCGUACCGGGAUUGGAAAAACUGCAUGAAGAGGAAGGGGCAGGCUGGAUGCACGUACUGGGCGGUACUGACCAAUGGGGAGGAUGAGUUUGACAGCGAGUAUGAUAGUUUCUUUGCACUCCGGCCAGCAAUUGAGGUUGCUGGAAACAAAACACUGGUCAUAUCUGUCUGA